ACACGCACACGCCACAGAGUCGAGAACGCGCACACGCUCGCACAGUUUCACACAGUGAGGGAGUACAGCUAGUCACAAACGCAGUGGAUCAUAUGCCGACAGAUUUUACCCCACGUUUUUAUAUGGUAGCAUAUAUGGUAUUUAUAUGGUAGCAUAAAGCGAGACGUAUUUUAAUCUUAAUUCUGAACUUUCAUGUGCUACUGUUUAUUGAAAUUCAAAAUGAGAAAGAUUAUAAUGAUUUUUGCUGUCAUUUUGCAUUAGAUCACGUUCUCAACAAAUCAGAAAUUCAAAAUUUAUACGGACGUAUAAGCUUUGAUUUUGCCACACAUCAGUUGUCAUAAACAUCUUGGGAAUGGAUGUGAUUGCGAAUGCUGAUGCCAGCAUUCCCACUGCUGCACCUGGUGCAGUGGAGGAAGAACAACAGCAGCAACAAUCAGAGCAAGAGAUCAAUCAGCAACCAGGCACGGAGUCUGACCUCACCGGCAACACCUCACAGCCAAUCAAGAACGAGCAACAAGCCCCACCCACCGCCACAACACCUACUCCUGCUGCAGACCCCGCCCCCUCUCAGGAUGACCCACCCAGUGUACACCUGACAAUCAUCGACGAGAAGAUGGAAACAAGUAAUGGUGUUUGCCCUGGUCCUAUCGAGAUGUCUCCGACAGCUUCUUCUCCUCCUCGUCAGCAGCAGGCAAAUGGGCGAGCCAGGCUGAGCAGCCGCUCCGGGUCAGUGAGUCACGCGGGGUCACCUCGACCGUCACUCACCAGACAGCCCAGCGCGGCCACUGACGUCGGAGACGGAUCCAAACCCAACGAUUAUCUAAUAUGGGCUAUUCUGGCCUGCCUCUGUCCUGUCUGGCCCAUUAACGCCGUCGGCUUGACCUUCUCAGUCAUGUCUCGAAACAGUCUGCAGCAGGGCAAUGUGGAUGGUGCACGUCGUCUUGGCCAGAAUGCAAAAAUCAUGUCCAUCGUGUCAUUGGUGGGUGGGAUCGUCAUCAUUGUUAUCACUAUCGUCAUCAACUGGGGUGUAAUACUUAAGACCUGAUGGCCGUCACGACACUCAGGGUGAAGUAAAAUUCACAAUCAACAACCAAUCCAUGAUGAUAAUUUUCUUCUUCCAAUGUGUCACUCAUCUCUCGACAUCUGAAUGCUCCUGAAUGCUUUUUCAUUUGUUUUAUACUCUCUCUGAAGACUCUAAAGCUGGAUGUUACCUCUUCUAUCAUGCCAGAACGAUCAAAAACAACAUGGACUCUUCAGCUCUUCGAAUGCCUGGAAUCACGAACAAAGCAGCAAGCCGUGGAUGCUAGGUUUUUUUUUUCUCUCCCAACAAAGGACUCACCACUGAGAUGAUGUCAGUGAGGAGACCACAAACAUGAUCUCAUUUCAUUCGUCAUGCACCCCUUGAGGAUGUGAGGGAGGAAAAGAAUGAGAGAGAAUGGGAAGGGAUUUGGUUCUUGACAAAGAUGCACAAGCUCAUCUUACUAGCCCUGUUUUCUCAGAGAUGUGAGUCCAUAAAAAAAGCUCAGAUUAAAAUUUAAUCGAUUAUAUAAAACAGCAGAUGGCUUCCGUUUUGGCAUCUGUCCACAGAUGAGUCCGAUUACCUUAAGAGCUGCUCUAAAGCCUCUCUCUCUCUCUCUCUCUCUCUCUCUUUCUCUCUCACAGACUGUACAGAGACUAAGUUUCAGGUUAACACACAUAAACAAAAAAAUCACGUAUCAGAGAAUCCUACAGAAAGAAAAGGAGGGAGAGCUAAGGAGAAAGUGGGAGGGAUGGAGACCAAGCUGUAGUCUUUUGUUUCACACAGAUGGAGGGAUGGAGAGAGAAGAAUAAGAGAAGAAAGGAGGGGGGCAGUACCUUCAGAUGAAAACAUAAACCAGAGAUACCCCAGACAUGGCGAGAUGUAGGGACUUCAGUAGUGUUGAGGGUGUGUGUGUGUGUGUGUGUGUGUGUGAGAGAGAGAGAGAGAGAGAGAGAGAGAGAGAGAGAGAGAGAGAGAGAGAGAGAGGUAGCCAAUAUCGUAAUGCUCACCAACAUGCCCUCCCCUCUUCCUUACAGCAAUCCUCGGCCAGAUCCUUCAAGGCAAACGUAAAGAAAACCAUUAAUUUAAUAUUGUUUUAGCAGGCAAAGGGAUGAUACAAACAGUCAUAUUUUAUACCACAAUGUUUACAAUGUUUUGGCCAUCACAAAUCAUUUUACACCGCUCCAAACUGUUUGUUUGGUGGAAUGAUUUGUAUUGCUCAACAGAAUGAUACCUGAAACAUUCCUGGUCAGGCCACACCGACUGUGCCAAAACUCAGACUCUGCCAAGACUCCAGCUGAGGUGGGCAUGCUUGUGACUGAAACAGGAAAGGAGAGCAUGGAUGCGUUUUUAAGGAGGAAUAUAUAUAGGGAUGCACUGAUAUUAACAUAUUAGCCCAUACUGAUAAGCCAUUAAUUGUUUCAUGUUAUGGCCAAUAGCCGGGUAAAACACAAAAAAUGUAAUUUAGGCUUUAAAAAAUUAGAAUUAGAAACUUAUUAGAAUUAUUAAAGAUUACAUUUCAGUGUUAUUGAAUGUGUUUAAAGAUUAAGUGAGAGGACAAAGGUAAUUUAACUGUAAAAAUAUAGGAAAUUAGACACACACACACACACAAAAUACAAUAUUGAUCAAACAUAAAUUUAAAUACUACCAAACUAUUCAUUUGAAACAUCUAUCUAAUUGUGCAUCCCUACAUAGAGUUCUUUUAUAGAUAAUAUCAUGAAUCCCUCAUUGUCACGGCUUCGGGCCUCUUGCAUGCAGAAUUUGACUUUGUUUCAUUGAUGUUUACAGCUUUUUGACAGCGACGGGAGCACUUGUUAACUCUGAAAUCAAGUAUUCUUAUUUUUAUAUUAUUCUGUAUCUAACACAGUUUCUGUACCACAAACAGUAUGAUGUGGAUGAGCAUGCUGACUCAGCUUGGGCAGUGAGAGGCCCCCAUUUUUGGGGGCUCGCUUUGGGUUUGGCUUGCAUGAACGUGGGGCUACAAUCGUUUCCUUGAUCUCAUUUUGCAAUUGCUCUACUUCCCCACCACAUAGCAUGCACAUUUAAUCCAACCGCGUGCAGUCAGUGAAUGCCAGCUUGACUUUUGUUCUCUUGAAUUGUUCUGCUCAGUAAUAUUUGUAUUUAAACUGCUUGCAAAUUCAUGCUUGUAUAUUCAUAUGUAUGUAUAUACGUGUCUGUACAUAUUUUGUCACUUUGCAAUUAUAAGGUUCUAUCUAAUUUACAUUAUGUGAUACAUUUUUACCUUCAUUUUGCGACUUUUUAUUUAGAUAACAAAAAAAAGGUUCUAUCUAUAAAGUAUAUGGAAUGCAAAAUCUUUGAAGCUCAGUAUCUCAAGACUCUUCAGAAUGCAAAUAGAGUUCUAUAAUUCCAAGGUGGCAAUUUGUACCGCUUCCAAUCACAUUAUGAAAUCUGAAUCUCUUUGAUGGACCAGAACAGUGUUCGUAAUGCAAAUCUUGACUGUUAACACCGCAAUGCUUUCACAAAUUUGAUCACCCUUUUAUCACUACUUUAUUGGUAUGUAAUUUGAAAUCGGCCUUUUGUUUUGUAUGCCGUUUGUGCUUUGCUGAAACGUUGACCAUACAAGCAUGUUUACACAUUGAUUACCAAUCGCCUAUGCUGCAAAGUGCAAUUCUAUAAAGAAAAGUUUCAAAGACACCAGCCGAGUCCAGUUCUCUGGGAUACAAGCUCUACCUGCUAUUCAAAGUAUCUAUUUAUUGAUGUGAAGAAAAAUUCUGUUUUUGUGUUUAUCAAACAUUCUGUUACAAAUUCAACUGCGUUUUGCUAAAAGCACUCGUGCUAGUCAAGACUACUUAGUACUAGUUUCCUCUGUGACAUGAAAUUAUUUGAGAGGCAUUAUGAUAACUCAUGUCGCUAAUAUAAUCCUGAUUUCAUGCAGAUCUGCCUGUGCAUGCCUUAAUGAAUUGUUUUGGAACAAUAAUAUGUGAUGUACACAGUAUCUGAACCGAAGGGUUUGAUAUAUCUCACAGUAUUGAUCCUUCUGCUCUGUACAAACACCGAGUAUGCAUCAGUGAUUCCAGUGAAUAAACUCUCUUAUUAUGCCA